GUAAUCGGACGGAAAGCAGCAUGUCCAGAAGCGGCGCUGCCGUGGUGAGCGCCUUCCGCCUGCUCCUGCGUCCCUCGGGUGUCAGUCGGCAUCGUGGCCUGCGUUUGGGCCCUGUGACGGCCUUUGCUCUGCACUUGCGGCCUUGCGGCGGCCAUGAGCUGCAGCAACACAGAACUUUCGCUGCCACAACGGAGGACGAUGACAAACAUAAAACGCCACUGGAAACGGGAGGUUCCAUGGGGCAUCAAGAUGGGCAAACCCCCGAGCAGGAAGGGGAACAGGGGCAGGAGAACAGCCACGACAGGGACAGGGCAUCGGAAGAGUCCGAAGAAGCCAAGAAAUCGCUGGAGCAAGCCCAAGUUUCAGAGGAAGACCACCCGAAGCCCAAGCGCAGGGAAAUUCAAGAAUAUCCAUAUCCCAUAUUGUUAGAUCGUGGCCCAAGGGGCAGCAGAUCCAAAGACAAGUCGAAGAAAGACACUCCAGAAACCUCUAGAAACAGAAUGGAGAUUCAAAGUCAGAUUUUGGAUCUGAUCGAAAGGGAAAGAACCAAAUUUGAACCAAGGCCUAUGAAGAAGAACCAAAAAUACAGAAGCAAAUGCGUGGCCCCUGAAAGUGGGAGUGGCAAAGAAAGGAGUUCUGAAGAUGACAUAUUCGUGGAGUACGUGAACGGUAUGCCGCACAUGACCGUUCGACUGCCAAGUCGCAACGAAUUAUGUCAGUUCGCCCUGAAACCGAUCACGCACAACGUGGGGGAUCUCCUGUCGAUGCUGAGGCAGGAGGACCGGGGCAUUGACCGGGCGGCGGUGAUCAACAAGAACGGAGUGCGCAUCGCCUCGUCCUGCACGAUCGACAGCCUCCUGGACGAUACAUUUAGCAUACAAAUCAACAAUCGGACUAUGGAAGUGAAUCCACCGAAGCGCGACAAGAUCACAGUGGAGUCCAUGGACAAGGUGGGCGACGUGCGUAAGGUUAUUGCUCAGCUCUAUGAGGCAUUCAACGUCGGCGAAUAUCAGCUGGAGAAGAGCAAUCAACUGGCCAAGGAACUGGAGAGCAUACGCUACGAGCUGGAGCCCCUCGAAGAGAAAAAACUGGAGCUGAGCAGAAAGGCCGCUCGUCGCACCAACUUCAUGACCUGGAUGGGUCUCGGCCUGAUGUCCGUGCAGUUCGGCAUCCUGGCCCGACUGACCUGGUGGGAGUACUCUUGGGAUAUCAUGGAGCCGGUUACGUAUUUUGUUACCUACGGCACGACAAUGGCCAUGUACGCCUACUAUUGUGUGACCAAGAGGGAGUACAUGAUGGAGGCUGUGAAAAACCGCGAAUACUCGCUGGCCAUCUACAAGAACGCCAAGAAGAUCCAGUUCGAUGUGGAUCACUACAAUCAGCUGAAGCGCAAGACGGCGGAGCUGGAGUACAAUCUGAGGAGGAUCAACGAUCCGCUGAACAUGCAACUGCCGUCGCAUCUGGUGCGCACCCAGGAGAACACGCCCCCGACCGAGGAGCAGCAGCAGCGGCAGCCGGACGACCCCAGGGAGGGUAAAAGUAACUAAGGACUAGCUGGACUUUGCGGCAAUCAGCCGCAGGAGGACACCGAAAGAAGGAAAUGAAACUCAAACUAAUUUUUAAAUGAAAAAUAAAGGCCCCCCACCCCCGACCCCCACACUUAGCAAAUGUUCAGGGUGAUUGAAAUGUUGUGACCCCCCCUCCCCACCCCCCAGCAAGCACAAAAACUCUUUGGGAGUUUCCCCAUUUUGUAUGUUAACUAAAAUGUUUUAGUUUUUUAUGCCCAUGUUUAUAGAUAAUUAGCGUAAGCCCAAGAGUGGAACGCAUACUUAAAUGUCUGACGCAGGCCCAGUUGUAGAGCUUACUUUAUGUUUAAUCUUUAUUUAUUUUAGUGCAAGAGAUCGAGAUUUGUUUUAUGCCCAAGGCGCCCCUGUCUGCUCUACCCCUAUACUCUACCAUCUGUGUGCAAAGUUCUAGUAAAAUAUAUGAUUUAUUUAUUGACUAUU